AUGUAUUGUAAUGAUGAGAAGGAAUAUAAAUUAAUGUAUAUAUUAUAAGGUAUUAAGGGGAAUGUGUAUAAUAUAGUGGUGGUGGAUCAUAUGAUUAAGAAGGAAAUUAGAAAAAAAUAGGAAAGUGGGUAGAAUUAGAUGAAGGGUUUAAUGAUGACUUCGCAUCAAAAUAAGUCACUUAUAAUGGUGAAUAUAAUUUAAAUGGUAUGAAGGUAGAGAGAUGGGAUACUUUGUUUAAUAAAAAAUAAAGAAUUAAUAUAAAUAAAUGUAAAUAUUAUUUAAGCAUAAAGGGGGAAUAUUUUUUGCUUUCUAGUGGUGGUGGAUAAUAUGAUGAAGAAGGAGAUUAAAAAAAAGAUCGGGAAGUGGGUAGAAUUGGAUAAAAAGUUUGGUGAAAUAUAUAAAAUCACUCUUAAUGGCGAAUAUAAUAUGAAAGGUUAAAAACAGGGUAAAUGGGUGAUAAUAUAUAUGAACAAGAACGAAAUAAAAGGAGAAAGGAAUUACCAUUAUUGA